UCGCCCCUCCCUCAACUCUCGCGAGAAGUGGUGCUCCUCUGAGGAGGCGGCGGUGGCGCCAAGAUGGCGGAAGAAGAGGUGGCCAAACUGGAGAAACACCUCAUGCUUCUCCGCCAGGAAUACGUCAAGCUGCAGAAGAAGCUGACCGAGACCGAGAGGAAAUGCGCUCUCCUGGCCGCUCAGUCCAACAAAGAGAAUGCCAGCGAGUCUUUCAUCAGCCGACUGCUUUCCAUAGUUGCCGAGCUCUAUCAGCAGGAGCAAUACAGUGACCUGAGGAUAAAGGUUGGGGACAAGAGCAUCAGCGCUCACAAAUUCGUCUUGGCAGCCCGGAGCGAGUCUUGGAGCCUGGCCAACCUGGCCUCCACCGAAGAGCUGGAUCUGUCAGAUGCUGACCCUGAGGUGACCAUGGCGAUGCUGCGCUGGAUCUACACCGAUGACCUGGAGCUGAGGGAGGACGACCUCUUCCUGACGGAGCUGAUGAAGCUUGCCAACCGGUUCCAGCUGCAGCUCCUCCGGGAAAGGUGUGAAAAAGGUGUUAUGUCGCUGGUCAACGUCCGGAACUGCAUCCGCUUCUAUCAAACAGCCGAAGAACUGAAUGCUAGCACUUUAAUGAACUACUGUGCGGAGAUCAUUGCUAGCCAUUGGGACGACCUGAGGAAAGAAGACUUCAGCAGUAUGAGCGCCCAGCUUCUGUACAAAAUGAUCAAAUCUAAAACCGAGUUCCCUUUGCACAAAGCGAUCAAAGUGGAAAGAGAAGACGUUGUGUUCCUGUACCUCAUUGAAAUGGAUUCGCAACUGCCUGGGAAGUUAAAUGAACCGGAUCCUAACGGAGACCUGGCUCUGGACCUGGCUCUCUCGCGGAGGCUGGAAAGCAUCGCCAGCACCUUGGUGAACUCCAAGGCCGACAUUGACUUGGCAGACAAGAAGGGCUGGAGCCUGUUGCACAAGGCCAUCCAGAGGGGAGAUACGUUUGCCGCUCAUUUCCUGAUCCGAAACGGGGCCCGGGUCAACGCUGCCACCCUAGGGGAGCAGGAGACCCCGCUACACAUCGUGGCAUCCUACAACCCCAAGAAAAAGCACAAGGCAGAGGCCGCGGGGGAGGCGGCGCAUAUCGCGGAGGCCCUCCUCAAGGCCGGCGCCAAUCCCAACAUGCAGGACAGCCAAGGAAGGACACCGUUGCACGCCUCUGUUCUGGCGAGGAAUGAGCCGGUGUUCAGCCAGCUUCUCCACUGCAAGCAGCUGGACCUGGAAUUGAAGAUGCACGAGGGCAGCACGGCACUGUGGCUGGCUGUCCAGUUCAUCACGGUCUCCUCGGACCCCUCCGUCAACCCCUUUGAAGACGUCCCGGUGGAGAAUGGGACCUUCUUUGACGAAAACAGCUUUGCUGCUCGGCUGAUCCAACGAGGCAGCAACACGGACGCCCCGGACACUCUCACAGGCAACUGCUUGCUGCAAAGAGCUGCCGGGAGUGGGAACGAGGCUGCGGCGCUCUUCCUGGCGACGCACGGGGCCACAGUCAACCACAGGAAUAAAUGGGGAGAGACCCCACUGCACACGGCCUGCCGCCAGGGCCUGGCCAGCCUGACUGCAGAGUUGCUGCAACAAGGGGCCAACCCCAACCUCCAGACGGAGAAAGGGGACAGCGGCAGUGUGAGCCUACAGACCCCGCUCCACAUGGCCAUCGCCCACAAUCACCCCGACGUGGUCUCUGUCAUCCUGGAACAGAAAGCAAACGCUCUUCACGCCACCAGCAAUUUGCAGAUCAUCCCAGACUUCAGCCUCAAAGAUUCCCGGGACCAAACUGUGCUGGGACUUGCCUUAUGGACAGGCCUGCACACCAUUGCGGCGCAGCUGCUGGGCUCGGGCGCCUCCAUCAACGACACCAUGUCGGACGGGCAGACGCUGCUGCACAUGGCCAUCCAGAGGCAGGACAGCAAGAGCGCCCUCUUCCUCCUGGAGCACCAGGCCGACAUCAGCGUCCGGACCCAGGAGGGGGAGACGGCCCUGCAGCUGGCCAUCAAGAACCAGCUGCCACUGGUGGUGGACGCCAUCUGCACCCGGGGGGCCGACAUGUCUGUCCCAGACGAGAAGGGCAACCCCCCGCUGUGGCUGGCGCUGGAGAGCGGCCUCGAAGAUAUCGCUUCCACCCUGGUCCGGCAUGGCUGUGACGCCACUUCCUGGGCUGCGGGACCGAGCGGCUGCUUGCAGACUUUGUUGCACCGGGCCAUCGAUGAGAACAGCGAACAGAUCGCCUGCUUCCUCAUCCGCAGUGGCUGCGACGUCAACAGUCCGCGGCAGCCGGGCGCCAAUGGUGAGGGUGACGAGGAGGCGCACGACGCGCAGACGCCGCUGCACUUGGCCGCUUGCUGGGGCCUGGAGGAAACCACCCAGUGCCUGCUGGAGUUUGGCGCCAACGUCAACGCACAGGACGCUGAGGGCAGGACCCCGAUCCACGUGGCCAUCGUUAACCAGCACGACCUGAUUAUCCAGCUGAUGAUCUCUCACCCAGACAUCCAGCUCAAUGUCCGGGACCGGCAAGGACUGACCCCCUUUGCCUGUGCCAUGACCUACAAGAACAAUAAGGCUGCUGAGGCCAUCCUGAAGCGGGAACCUGGCGCAGCUGAGCAGGUAGACAACAAGGGCCGGAACUUUCUCCACGUGGCUGUCCAGAACUCUGACAUUGAGAGUGUGCUCUUCCUGAUCAGCGUCCAGGCCAAUGUGAAUUCCAGGGUGCAGGAUGCCUCCAAGCUGACGCCGUUGCACCUCGCUGUGCAGGCCGGGUCCGAGAUCAUUGUGCGCAAUCUGCUGCUUGCCGGCGCCAAAGUCAACGAGCUGAACAAGCAUCGCCAGACGGCCCUCCACUUGGCCGCCCAGCAGGACCUGCCCACGAUUUGCUCUGUCCUCUUGGAAAACAGCGUGGACUUUGCUGCUGUGGAUGAAAACGGGAACAAUGCUCUCCACCUGGCGGUGAUGCAAGGCCGCUUGACCAACAUCCGGGUCCUGCUGACCGAGUGUACCGUAGAUGCAGAGGCCUUCAAUGUCAGAGGCCAGUCCCCACUGCACAUCCUGGGCCAAUAUGGGAAGGACAACGCGGCGGCCAUCUUCGACCUUUUCCUGGAGUGCAUGCCCGAGUAUCCCCUUGACAAGCCCGACGCCGAAGGCAACACUGUGCUGCUCCUGGCCUACAUGAAGGGGAACGCCAACCUAUGCCGGGCCAUUGUACGUGCCGGGGCCCGUCUGGGUGUCACCAACAACCAAGGCGUCAACAUCUUCAACUACCAAGUGGCCACCAAACAGCUCCUCUUCCGGCUGCUGGACAUGCUCUCCAAGGAGCCUCCCUGGUGCGACGGCUCCAAUUGCUACGAGUGCAGCGCCAAGUUCGGAGUCACCACCAGGAAGCAUCACUGCCGUCACUGUGGGCGCCUGCUGUGCCACCGCUGCUCCACCAAAGAGAUCCCCAUCAUCAAGUUCGACCUGAACAAGCCCGUCCGCGUCUGCAACAUCUGUUUCGACGUCCUGACGCUAGGGGGGGUCUCCUAGGGGCCUGAAUGCGGCCCCUCGUCCUCCUCCUCGCCUCCCUUUCCCCCCUCUCUCCCUGCCUAUUGUGCUUCCUUUGCAGUCACAGAUUGGGACUUGCUGCACAGGAUCCAUCCCUUGCAUCGAGCCCUUGAAUUCCCCUUCCCGUGUGGAGGAAGGAUUUAUUAUUUUGUCUCAAACCAAACAAACCAGCCUUGGUUAGGCCGUAGAGGAGCAUCAGAAGCCCGAGGAAAUACCGCUUGCACCUAGAAAGUGGUGUUUUUUUGGGUGGGGGUGGUGAUGCUGGCGGUCCCUAUGUUUGCGAUCUCUUCCAAAUGGCAGUGUUUGGGCUUUCCUUCCCCCUCUCUUCCUCCUCCUCUUCCGGCUUUGUCAUAAAGCUGUCCUUUCCCCCGUGGCCUUCGAAUCUGGGUUUAGUUUCUUGCAUCGACGGGCCGGGGAUGCCUGUGGCCUUACGACAAAUGCUUGAUAGUUUCUCCUGUUGGGAAAAAUGCCGUCGAAACUACAGUAGCGCCUCUCAUAUCAGCUUCCUUUGGAGUCUUGCUUGGCAGGAAGAAUUAUUUCAGUCUUCCAAGGAAGAAUAAGGACUUUGGCUUUUGGCUGCUCCGUCAAGUGAUGCAUCACACGGCGAGAUGAAUAAUUAGAAUUACGUUUACAGCGAGGUCGAUGGGACCGACUGAGCCGGAGCCGGAAACGUCUGGAACACUUAAAACGCAACUGGAGUUGUUAUUAUCAUUUUUGUUUAUCAUGUGUCAGUCAUUUGGAAUGUCACUCGCGCUCAUUUUUACUGACCGCGGAGAGAAUUGCACUGAAACCCACGGUGUGGAAAUUCCGAAUCACAGCCGAACCAACGAAAGGGUGCACACUUUUGAAUUUACGAAUGCCCUUCCAAAUCAUGUUGCGCCUCCUUUCGCAGACAACGGCUCCUUGCCGCCUGUUGAGUCGGACUUCUUAACUCCGGCAUUGUUUCUCUCCUUUGGGAUAAAAGGGGUUCAGGACUUGCUUAGGUUCAGAUCUCCCAUCUUGUUUUGUCAACCGGCCUGCAAUUUAUCGAAGGGAAAGGCGCCGGAAACAUCUGGAACACUUCAAACACAA